GUAAAACUACACAUCACGUUUUCGUCUCUUAUAAUUUGUAGAAAACAUGAAUACUUAAGGUACAUCAACUAUGCGACAUUCCAUGCAUAUGUGGAUACUUCUGUUUUGUUUGUGUUCAGUCGUAUCAGGUCUAGACAAAUCGUCAGUGCGCUUGGUGAACGGUUCAAACGAUAAUGAAGGAAGAGUUGAAAUAUUGCAUGACGGACAAUGGGGUUCAAUCUGUGAUGACGGAUUUAAUGAUACUGAGGUUCAGGUUGUCUGUCGCAGCUUAGGAUUCCAGAGUGUCAAUGCAGAAUUAUAUCAUCUAGCUCAAUUCGGACAAAGCACAGGACCGAUCUGGCUUGAUAAUGUUAUCUGUACGGGCAGCGAACAAAACCUGGAUCAGUGUUCUUUCCCUGGCUGGGGAAUACAUGACUGUGCACACAGAGAAGACGUAGGAGUCAGAUGUCAGUUAUCUGUACGGUUAGUGAACGGAUCAGGAAUACGAACGCAAGGCAGAGUUGAGAUUAAAAUCAACGGAACAUGGGGAACUGUCUGCGAUGAUGGAUUUGAUAGCAAUGAUGCUUCAGUCAUCUGCGCCAUGAUGGGAUUCAAUCGAUUGGGACCUCAGGCUAUGACGAAAGCUGCUUUUGGACAAGGUUCUGGACCAGUCUUUUUUCAAAAUCUGUCUUGUACGUCAUUUGAAUCAUCCAUCCUAGACUGUCUGGUCAAUCCUAGCGAUAACAAGGACUGUCGCCACAAUGAAGACUCGGGUGUUAUCUGUCAAACAGGUCAUAUAGACAAAUCUGCAAUACGUUUGGUGAAUGGUCCAAGCGAGCGUGAAGGAAGAGUUGAAAUCUUUCAUAAUGACCAAUGGGGUUCAAUCUGUGAUGGUGAAUUUAACGACAGGGAGGCUGGGGUUGUCUGUCGCAAUUUGGGACUACCAAGUUAUGGUGCAAGGGCAUAUCAUGGUUCUCGAUUUGGACUCAGCACAGGACCGAUAUGGCUGGAUAACGUUACGUGCAAUGGAGAUGAACAUCGUCUAGAUCAGUGCUCCUCCUUACCCUGGGGUGAAAAUAACUGUUCACAUAGUGAGGAUGUUAGCGUCCAGUGUUCGUUACCUAUACGAUUAGUGAACGGAUCAGGAAUUCCCACACAAGGCAGAGUUGAGAUUCAGAUCAAUGGAAUAUGGGGAACUGUCUGUGAUGAUCAGUUUGAUUACAGGGAUGCUGGAGUUGUCUGCGAUAUGAUGGGGUUCAAUCGAUAUGGAGCUCGUGCUGUGAGAGAUGCAGAUUUCGGGAACGGUUCUGGACCAAUCUACUUUGAUGACUUAGCUUGCAGAGGGAAUGAGUCAAGCAUCACAGGCUGCCUAGGGAAGCCUGUUGGGGACCACAACUGUAAACACAGUCAAGAUGCGGGUGUCAUAUGUCAGACGACAGGUGUACGCUUGGUGAAUGGUGCUACCACAUAUGAAGGAAGAGUUGAAAUAUUAUAUGGUGAUAGAUGGAUUUCAGUUUGUGAUGAUGGUUUUCAUCAGAAGGAGGCAGCUGUUAUCUGUCGCAGUUUGUCAUUGCCAAGUCAUAAUGCACUGGCAUAUGGAAGUGGUCACUUUGGACGAAGUAUGGGACAGAUAUCCAUAACAUCUUUUAACUGUGAUGGAUAUGAACAGCACCUGGAUCAAUGCUACUUCAGUUCCUGGUACAGCUAUAUCUGUCACCAUGGAAACGAUGUAGGAAUCAGCUGUCAAUUUGGCCCGGACUCCGUUACAUUCAGUCCACCCACACCUGGAUUAGUUGUAGAAGGAGAUAGUCUGAAUAUCACCUGUGUUGCUGAAUGCCACCCACCUUGUUCCUAUUCCUGGGCACCGGGGAGUCCACACUUCACUUCCAGACCUGUGUUAACACUGUCAAACAUCAACAUGAGUCAGACGGGUAGUACAUAUACAUGUACAGCAAAGAAUAUUGGCUCAGACGCAUCUAGAAGUAACCAAUUCUUGCUAAUAGUCAACAGUAUGCCGUUUAUUCCCUCUAACAUCAGCACACGCAGCAUCAGUCCAACUGUUGUGUCUAUAACUUGGGUAGAGGAAUUCAAUGGUGGAUCAGCACAGAUGUUUCUUGUACAAUACCGAGGAGACGCAAUAUCACAGUGGACGAAUUUUACUGAACUGUUUUCUGAAAGAGGCAUCGACACAAAGCACACUAUUCUGAUACCAGAUCUACAUCCAAAGACGAAAUACCUGCUGCGAGUUCUGGCCUUUAACAAAUAUGGUUAUAAAAACUUCACCGAGGAAGAGGAGAUUUUGACAGCAGGUGUGGCUGAUGAAUUGAACCUUUUAGCAGUGGCAGUAGGCAGUGGAUCAGGAUUCAUCAUUUUGAUUCUGCUCCUUGUUGUGACUAUUUUGGUUUGUCAAAGAAGAAAAACUAAAGAAAAAACCAGUGAAGAUAUUACAUAUGAUUCAAGCCAGCCAAACGCUAGGUUACAGAGAACCAUGCAACAUAACAACCCAACUUAUGAACAUGAUAGCAGCACGGAUGUUAUUGUGGGAACUGCGUGCGACGAGGAAGCACCAUACGAUACACUGACAGAACAAGGACCAGCAAGCAGAUGUUCGCCAGUCGAUGACAACGAGGAAGCUCCAUACGAUACUCUCACUGUUUACGAAAAUUUAAAAUAAGUUUUCAGACUGAGGUAUAUUCAUGACACGCCUGCUGUACAUCGAUUCAGAAGACAACCGAGAGAGAGAGAGAGAGAGAGAGAGAGAGAGAGAGAGAGAGAGAGAGAGAGAGAGAGAGAGAGAGAGAGAGA